AUGAGUUCCGUCGCUAUUGCUGGAGGCACCGGGAACAUUGGCCGGACCCUUGUUGAGGGAUCAACUGCCACCACCGACGCGAAAGCUACCAUUGUCCACGUCGACUACGGUGAUGUCGAAUCGAUUCGCCAGGCUUUCGAGAAGCACCAGAUUGACACUGUCAUCUCUUGCCUUUCGAUGACCGCCGAGUCUUCCGGGGAAUCCGAGCUGAACCUGAUCAAGGCUGCCGAUGCCUCCUCAGUGACUCGUCGGUUCAUCCCCAACGACUGGGGCGUUCCGCUUCCGGAGAGUGAGAUUUCCGCCAUGCCUAUCUUCAAGUACCAGAAGGCUGCAAUCGAGCUUCUCAAGGAGUCAAAGCUUCAGUGGACCGUCGUCUACAUCGGCUACAUCAUGGACUACUUUGGAAUGCCCCACAUUAAGACUCGCAUGGUCGGGCCUCCGGUCUUUGUCGACGUCGCCAACAAUGUCGCCGCCGUGCCCGGGACCGGCAACGAGCCCAUCGUCUUGACCUACUCCUUUGACCUGUCUCGCUUCGUUGACGGGCUGCUCGGUCUUGCGGACUGGCCGCAGCAAAGCGUUGUCAUCGGCGACAAGCUUACUUGGAACGAAUUUGUCAAACUUGCCGAGGACGCCCGUGGCUCCAAGUUUGACGUCAGCUAUGAUAGCCUUGAGACUCUUGAGGCUGGAAAAGUCACUGGGCUUCCGGCCUACGAAGCUGUGUACUCGGUCUACGCAAAGGAAGAGUUUGACUACUUCCUAGCCAUGGUUGGGAGAUCUAUGGCCUCGGGCUGCCAUGACCUAUCGUUCAAAGGCUCUCUCAACGAAUUGCUCCCGCAUAUACAUACUCUGAGCACGAAAGGGUUCCUCGAAAAGGCUUGGAAGAGAGAGUAG